AUGAUUUCUAAUGCCGUUAGAAACGUGCUAAAUCUGUUCUCGCCGGUUCAAGACAUUUCGGGUAUUCUUCAGGUCCCUUCGUCAUCUCUAUCUUUGCUAUCCUCCUUGAACACUCCGACUUGGCUGUCAAGAUCAUCUAAUGCUUACCUUUUUCUGGUGUCUUUGACCCAGUCCCCUUCAACAUAUCAGAUACUUUUAUACCUCAGUAUUUUUUCAAUUCCUUUCUUGGCCUGCUAUUUGAAAACAUGGCAGUCAUUCGUAGCUCAGUGCUCGGAUACUAGUCCUGCUAGAGAGCCUCCUACUGUUCCUUACAUGAUUCCAUUCUUCGGGCGAAUAGUUGACUCGAUCAUUAACAUUCGAAAGUUCUUCCAUGGGUUGAACAACCAAACUGUCUAUGGGGCCAAGAUAUUUGGGUACAAAAUAUUCUUCAUCCAAGGCCCUGAGAUGAUCUCAGCUCUCUGGAAAAUCAAAGAAACAAUCACAGCGCCAGUUCAUCAAGUUUUGGUCUUAAACAAAAUAUUUGGAAUGAGCUCAAAAGCUGUACAAACUUAUGUUUUGGAUGAAUCGGGCCUCGAUGCAAAGCCUCACCCACAAAGCAAGAUAGAAACCCAUAAUCGUGUCGACUAUAUCACUCAUGUUGGGUUUCUGCGAUUACUAACGGGAGAUGGACUUCCUGGACUCUAUAGACGAUGGUCACUAGAGUUCUCCUGCAAAAUUCAAGCUCUUGUAAUUAGUCAAGAAUGGUCUGAGCAUACUGAUAUCAUGAAAUUUUGGGAGUUGCCAUUGAUAGCGUCGAUGAACAAGGCCAUAGCAGGUCCACUCCUUGAAGCUAUAAAUCCCGAUUUCACUGAAGAAUUUCUCGAGUUCCUUCCAUAUGCUAAUCAACUUGUGAAAUCGUUCCCUCCCUGGUUGAUCCCAAGGGCUUAUAAGCUUCGCAAAAAGCUUGUUACCACCGUGAAAACAUGGCACAGUAUUGCAAGAUCCCAGUUCAAAGAUCAUUAUGUUGAUGCUGAUGGUGAUGCUGAUCCUUGGUGGGGCUCACGAUGCAUACGAGAACGACAGGAAUGUCUAUCCAAGGUAGAUAAUUGGGACUAUGAUUCGAUGGCUGUAUCGGAUUUUGGUCUUUUAUGGGGCGCAAGUAUCAAUGUUCACAAGGCAGCAAUAUGGGCUGUCAUAGAAAUAUUCAAAGACCCAGCUUUGCUUUCCCAUGUUCGGAAAGAACUACACGACGCUUCUUUUGAUUCUGAAUCUCUUGCAUCCCCCCAGUUUAUUCAUAAACUAAUUCAGAUUCCGCUGUUACAAUCGAUUUAUGCAGAAGUUAUUCGCCUGCAUGUAGAAGUUCAACACGUUCUUUAUAGCCAUCAUUCACCGGUGUAUGUAAAUCAGUGGAUUUUUCCUAAAAAGACUCCUAUUCUGGUACCUUGUGGCCCGGCACAUCAUGAUGCAAAAGUAUGGAAUACGAGAAAUGGCGAAUUUCCACUGAAUACAUUCUGGGCGGAUCGGUUUUUACUAUACCCAGAGGACGCUACAAGUGGACCUAUGAUCACAACACCGUCAUCUAAAGGCGUUUCACAAUUCAUGUCAUCUUCCCGUCCAAAAACUUCCUCGAAGCCCAUCUAUUGCGAGUCCGUUAUGCGGAAUUCUUUCAUCGGGUACGGCGUGGGAGAAAGAACUUGCCCGGGGCGCUUCUUGGCUAAACGUGAGAUCAUUGCAGUUUUUGCAAGAAUUGUGCAACAAUAUGACAUUGAGCUCUUGACAAAGGAAAAGCAUUUCAAACAUAGUAUGGCAUUUUAUGGUUUUGGCACACAAGCCCCAAAGAACAGGAUACCUUUUAGAAUUAAAAGAAGGGAACGUUAAAUGGGUAGAAAGAUUCGCAUGGAAGAUACUUGAGGAAUCAUGCUACUGUCGCUUACUAUUUGUGUACUAGAUUAUGAGUCUACGGGGGGGGAGGUUAGGCUGAUUU